UUCUGACAGCCUGGGAAUACACCUCUGUUCCACCUGAGAAUCAGCCACAUAAUGUCGUGUCUGUUGGACCAUCAUUUCGAGCUCGUCAUGAACGUCACGCGGAGCCUGCGAGUCAUACCGGGAACGGGCCUCUUUUCCGACAUCAUAGAGUACUCCGAUGACAGGAAAGACCUGCACAUGUGGUCGUCCGAAGAUAUGACGGAGUUCAGAGGGACAUUACAAUACAUUUUUGAGAUAUUCGAAAAACGCAAUCCACCAGGCAUGGUGUGGCAAACCAGCGUUGCGGCAUUGAUAACGAUGCCGCCGUUCGCGCAAGCCUACAAGCUCCUGCGGUCGACGCUAGAAAUGCAGGACGCGCACAAUCGCUCGCGCGAGGAGCUCGAAAUAAUGAUGGCCUACAUAACCGAGGGGCUUCUUGGCACCAACAAGUUCGGAAUUCGAUCGGCCGCGUUUGAGUGUAUUAUGACCAUGGGGCAGGAACUCGCCCCCGACACCUUCAAGUACCUCCUCAACAUGCUUUACGAGAACCUUCCAAAGGAGGUCCCAGAAGUGAGACGUCGCCGCUUCAUCGACCAUAUCAGCAACGCGAGCAAAGAAGGCGGCGGUCGGCUCCGUGCCAUCAUGGCACAAAAGGGGCCGGCGUCGGCGUGUUUCCGGGGUCUCUGGCUCUUUUGAAGCUCCCAAGACGGAACCCAUGUCAACGAUUCGUCCUCCACCAACAUCAGCAUCAUUUUCGCCUCGCACCUCUGAACCACACAUUACCCUUCGGCUGCGUCACAUAUUUUAUCGACCUACAAAGACUAUACCGCAUACAAGGCUCCGGCCGUAUUUUAUAUUCCCGUGAGAGGGUCCUUAUUCUUACUUUGUUAUACACAUCUGUUUCGCGGGGGUAAUAGCGUAGCCGCUCGAAAUACAAUGUGGUUUUCUUGGUACCUUCACUUGCAAAGCUCGUGUCAUUUGGACAAGUUGCGUGUUUGCUAGUACAGGAUGCCUUGUCGCACUUGAAAUCAUGAGACUCUCUAUGAGCGUUCCAUU